CGGGAGAGGAGAGGACAGGAGAGGACAGGAGACAAUCUACCGGACUUGGUCUCUCUCAGGUGCGACACCGCAGAGCCCUGCCCUGUCCAGAGACGCCUUCACUCCAGCUCCGCUCCUCCAAUUAAGCGUUCACCCGGCAGCGCGCAGUCUCCAUCAUAGAGACAGAGACAGAGAGAGAGAGACAGAGAGAGAGAGACAGAGAGCCUCGCUGGAGAACGGUGAGUGACAUGUCCCCGAAAGCUGCGGGGGUAUAAACCGAGACCGAGUCGAGUCGAGCGGGGCUGUGGACCGAGCAGGCUGUGCUGCCGGUGGCCGGGAUUUGGACGUCACUCCGUGCUGCGCCGACCCAGUAGAAGUCAAUAGAGUCCAGCGAAGGCCCGUCUGCAUCAGCAGAGAUGGCUCCAGCGGCCAUGUCUGUGCCUCCGUCCUCUCUAACCUCCCUCCACCCGUCCCGCCUCCUCCUCUUCUUCCUCCUCUCCGCCUUUCUGCUCCUGUCAUGUCCUGGAUCAGUGCAUGCAGGUUCAUCUGAGAAAAACUGUUCGGCUAGUGGAGACCCCUGUCAGGAAGGCGUGGUACUGCCCAUAUGGAACCCUCAGAACCCCUCUGUGGGCGACAAAGUGGCUCGGGCCAUUGUUUACUUCGUAGCACUCAUCUAUAUGUUCCUGGGCAUGAGCAUCAUAGCGGACCGGUUCAUGUCUUCUAUAGAGGUCAUAACCUCCCAGGAGAAAGAAAUCACUAUUAAGCGGCCAAAUGGCGAGACCACCACCGCCACGGUCAGGAUCUGGAAUGAGACCGUUUCUAAUCUCACUUUAAUGGCCUUGGGUUCUAGUGCCCCUGAGAUACUGCUGUCAGUUAUUGAGGUGUGUGGCCACGGUUUCGAGGCCGGCUCUCUGGGUCCCAGCACCAUCGUGGGCAGCGCCGCCUUCAACAUGUUCGUCAUCAUCGCCCUGUGUGUGUACGUGGUUCCUGACGGAGAGACGCGCAAAAUCAAACACCUUCGGGUGUUUUUCGUCACGGCGGCAUGGAGUAUCUUCGCCUACAUCUGGCUUUACCUCAUUCUGAGUGUCUUUUCCCCCGGAGAGGUGGAGGUAUGGGAGGCGGUGUUGACCUUCCUCUUCUUCCCACUCUGCGUGGUCCAGGCCUGGGUGGCCGACCGCCGCCUCCUCUUCUACAAGUACGUCCGCAAGCGUUACCGCGCCGACAAGCACCGCGGCAUCAUCAUUGAGACGGAAGGAGGGGCGGACGGAGAAGGAGCCGGAGGAGGAGCGCUGGGCCCGGGGGGCUUCACCAAGAUGGACAUGCUGGAGCUGGACGGGCAGAUGGCGUUGAAUUGUCACAGCGGGAUGGACGGUAUGGAGGACGGAGGAGCGAAGGCGGAGGAGGACGAGGCCAGAAGGGACAUGGCGAGGACGCUGAAGGAUCUGAAGCAGAGGCACCCGGAUAAAGACAUGGAGCAGCUGAUUGAGAUGGCUAAUUAUCAGGUCCUGAUGCAGCAGCAGAAGAGCAGAGCGUUCUACCGUAUCCAGGCAACCAGGAUGAUGAUCGGAGCUGGCAACAUCCUCAAGAAGCACGCUGCCGACCAGGCUCGCAAGGUGGUGAGCAGCCAUGAGAUCCAGGCCCAGGAGGAUGACCCUCACACCAUCAGGAUGGAUUUUGAACCCCCUUUGUACCAGUGCUUUGAAAACUGUGGCUCCUUAAAAUUGACCGUUGCUAGACGCGGAGGAGACGCUGGAGUUACCGUCAAGGUGGAUUACCGCACAGAGGACGGUACAGCAAACGCAGGUUCCGAUUAUGAGUUUGCAGAGGGAACGCUGCUGUUUAAGCCAGGCGAGACCCUCAAAGAGAUCACAGUCGGAGUGAUUGACGACGACAUCUUUGAGGAGGACGAGUAUUUCUACGUCCACCUCAGCAACCCCCGAGUGGUAGGUUACCCUGAGAUUGGCACCGCCCCGCUGGAUGCCAGCGCCACCCCCAAAGCCGUGCUGGGUGACAACCAUACAGCCACGGUGACCAUCUACGAUGACGAUCACGCAGGCAUCUUUACCUUCGAGGUCUCCAGCCAGAAGGUGAGCGAGAGCGUAGGCGUGAUGGAGGUGAAGGUGAUGAGGACUUCGGGGGCCCGAGGCCUGGUAGCUGUCCCCUACCAGACCGUGGACGGCACCGCUAGAGGAGGGGAGGACUACGAACACUCCGCUGGCAAGCUGGAGUUUCAGAACGACGAGACCAUGAAGAUCAUCGAGGUGAAGAUCAUUGACGAUGAGGAGUACGAGAAGAACAAGACCUUCACCAUCGAGCUGGGAGAGCCCGUUCUGUUGGAGAUAGGGCAGAAACACGGUGACUCCAAUGAGAACAAGCCGUUGGUGGGAGCAGAGGACGAAGAGGUGGCCAAGAUGGGCUGUCCCAGUCUGGGCGAACACACACAGGUGGAGGUGGUCAUAGAAGAGUCCUACGAGUUCAAGAGAGAAGUAAAUAAGCUUCUUUGGCGGGCUGAAAAGAGUACGGUAGAUAAGUUGAUCAAGAAGACAAACCUGGCCUUGGUGGUGGGAAGCAGCAGCUGGAGGGAGCAGUUUGUCAGUGCCGUUACUGUCAGCGCAGGAGACGACGACGAGGAGGAGAGCGGCGAGGAGCGCCUGCCGUCCUGCUUCGACUACAUCAUGCACUUCCUCACCGUCUUCUGGAAGGUUCUGUUCGCCUUCGUCCCGCCCACGGAGUACUGGAACGGCUGGGCCUGCUUCAUUGUCUCCAUAUCGCUUAUCGGCGUCCUGACGGCGGUCACCGGCGAUCUGGCGUCACACUUCGGCUGCACGAUAGGACUGAAGGACUCGGUGACGGCUGUGGUGUUUGUGGCGCUGGGAACAUCGGUGCCAGACACAUUCGCCAGCAAGGUUGCCGCCAUCCAGGACCAGUACGCCGACGCCUCCAUCGGGAACGUCACCGGCUCCAACGCCGUCAACGUCUUCCUCGGCAUCGGCGUGGCGUGGACCAUCGCCGCCGUGGUCUGGCGCUCCAAGGGCAAGGUGUUCAAGGUGGACCCGGGGAACCUGGCCUUUUCCGUCACCCUCUUCACCAUCAUGGCCGUGAUGUGCGUGAUCAUUCUGCUGUACCGGCGGCGGGCGACGGUGGCCGGCGGCGAGCUGGGCGGGCCGCGGACUUGCAAGAUAAUAACGUGCAUGCUGUUCGUCUCGAUGUGGCUGAUUUACAUCCUGCUGGCCUCACUGGAGGCCUACUGCCAUUUACCAAGUUUUUAAAUGGAGAGGAGAGGGGAGGGAGAGAGACCCACUGCCAAUAUGGAGAGAGAGAGAGAGAGAGAGAGGGAGAGAUGGAGGAGUCUUCAGACGGAGACGGGACGAGGAGAGACGGGUGGUAGAGGUGGAUCGAUAUGCGCCGAUCUGAACGUUUUACAGCAGAUCUUUCAAUUUCCUCUUUUUUUAACGCCCAAAACAAUUUUUCAGUGUCUCUGAUUUAUUUCUAUCUUUCCAUUUAUUUAUUUCCUAAGCCAUUAUGACACACUAAAACUCUAAAAGGAAAGGAGAUCCACCAUCUUUCCAGUGAUGAAGAAACUUCUUGGAUACAUAAACCCUCUAAAAUAAGAAUUAUUUAACAGAAGGACUGAAUGAAAAAAUUGCAGUGCAGGUUUCAGAGAGCGCUUUUACGUUGUUACCUCAAUCAUCCAUCAUCAUCAGUGGACAACACUGUUUAAUACAAGGCUGAUAUCGUUCCGGUAUACUGCCAAAACCAGCAGGAGAGAAGAAGAGAUAGACCGCAAGCAGAGCUGUUAGCCCGGCCUCUGAAGGGAAAAAUGAAGAUGAAGAGGAAGGAUAAGGGUGGAAGAUGAAAGUGGGAAAGUUUAGAGAGGAAGCCAGAGGCAACAAAACUAGAGAAAGGUCUGGAUAAAUUCCACGGAGGGUCUAGAGAAAACACAACACGGAAAAAAAGUAAAUGAAGGGCAAAAAUAUUCUACACCCCCUCCUCACUUACUCUCUCUCUCUCUCGCUACUUCCGUCUUUGCUGUAUCUCGUCGUCAGAGGAAUGAUGGAUCCUCCCAUUACGCCCACUGAACUCUAUCUAAUACGACCAGUGACUUAUUACUUUUAACCCCUCUUCUCCCAGCUCUACACACAAACACACACACACUUUGGGGCCCUCAGGUGAAUCUGCAGUGAAGGACCACUCACUAACUUGCGGGCAAACUGACAACUGGUCGUUUUUUCCUUCUCAUCUUGAGUACACUGCGAAAAAUAGUCCUUCCACCCUACAACACACACACACAUACUGUACACCCUACAUACUGUACUCACUCCUCCGUCCCUCCUUUUUGCCUUACUCUUAUCUCCCCCUUGUAGGAAUUGUCUUAAAGUUGUGAUAAUGAACCGCGGUAGUCACCACCAACCAACCCCCUUUUUAAUUGAGCCAAUCCCAAGUCCCUGUCCUUUUAUGCCAAUCGACAGCCUCGUUUAUCCCACGAAGGAAACCCCCCCUUCUCCCCGAUUUUUUUUUCUAAACUUUUCAAUGGCGUCACGUGUUGAUGUUGUUACCGUGCAAUUGUAAAAAAAAAAAGUAUAUAAAUAUAGUAUGGAGAGAUGGAGAUAAAGAACGUUAAAGCAGGUGGCUUGGAAGAUGGAAUGUAACGAGGACCAAGAUGUUGAAAGAAGUCUCAAAAGUGGCAUGGAGACGCAAAAGAAAUGUGCGAUAAGCGGAGAUCAGAAAGUCUGGAGAGCCAACGAGCAAGCAGUCCACCUAGUAAUGAGGAAGCGUCGUGCACUACACGUUGUGAGGUACACUGUUUACACUCUAAUGUUGCAUUAAAUGGCGAGGAAACAAACACAUGGACAAGCAAAGUCGGAACCAAACAGGGAAUGAUGUAACGCCAAGAGACACGAGACAAAGGUGGGGACCAAUCAGAGUGAAGGAUCUCACUGGUUCAACGACUAAGAAGAUGACGGCGAGGGCAGUGUUGUUGAUGACAAAUCAAAACUGUGACCAUACCCAGUGUUUCUAAUUGUACAUGAUAAUAUAAGAAACUUUUAUUGAUGUGUGUGAGAAAACACGGAUAUUUAAUUUAUGUGAAGUCCCCCUCUUUGUAAAGAAAAUCCUGGAGGGAGGAUAAGGAAGAUCAAUGUGCCCUUUUUCCUCUGAAACACAGUUCAAGAAGACAUUUAAAGGAAAUCCAUCACAAGGGAAAAAAGGCUGUAAGAUGGCGAACACAAAAAUCAGAGAUGAUUCACAGACGGAGAGAAGAGUCGAAUGCUCCGAGGGGAAAUGUACGGCAGCUCUGAAAUAUCACACGACUGUUCCGCAGCAGUUUGGGACGUUUCUUUGUACUCAAAAAAUAAAAAUCACAAGUCCUCUGUUAUCCAAAGAUUUAAUAGAAGAACACUGUCACAGAUCACCAUUCGUUUCCAGUGUGCAGUUUUACCUCGCAGGCGUUGUACAAGUCCCACAAGCUGCCAGUCAUAGUUUAAAAACAACUGGCAAAUUUAAGGUGUUCACACUACAGAUAAAUAUGUGCUUAAGCAUUGGUAUUUUUUAUGGGUAUGAGCCUGUAUCAAAAUCUGUGCUAGUUAUUUUGUUUUUGUGAAACGUUUGUUGAUUCGGGCAUGGUGCGUGUGAAAGUAAGAUAUCAGAAUAGCUUAAUGAGAGUAUUAUAUCAUAUGAAAUCAACCAUUUUUGUCAUUGUUUGCGUCAAAUCCAGAUUCACAUUAUGUCUACGUGGAUACCUCUGUCUUGCCCAGAGGCUGGACUGAAGCUGGACAGAAGGCUUGGACAUAUGGCUUGUCAGUGCAGAUAGUUGUUAAAUGUAAUCCCUUUGUUAACAAAAGCAUAGAGGGAAAAUCUCUGCAACCAUUUCUCCCACAACUUCCCACAAAGCUCAUUGUUAACCUUGAGGCAAAUCCUGAAAGAAAACAAUAAUUUAGCGUUUUGUUAUACGGAGGUUUCGCUAAGAGAAAAAUGGGACUGAAAACAACAAUUUACCUGCCCACCAUCCGCCUUGUUAAAUAUGGACAAAUUACCUGCUGCUUUCAGCUCAGUGUAAAUACAGGCUUUGCAAAGCCCGCUCAGUCGUGACCAGGCUAGACACAACAUGACGAGCUCGUCCGACGCGGCCCCGGUAAAGCCGGUGCUUGCACAAAUGGAAGAUAAGUGGUGAUUUGGAGCGGAGGGGGCAUUGAUCCGCUGCCUGUACGAGUCACCCCUUCAAUCAAAUGUGACAUUUUAAAUGCCACGCUAUAGAUCCUUUCCAGUACUUUCUGACAGCUAUAAAGAAAAGGAGAAUAGUCCCAUCUUUAAUUGUAGAGAAUCUGUGAAAGCAGCAACUAUGAUUCCUUGAACAACUGUUUUCUGGCUUGGAGCUCUACUGUAUCAGCUGAUUCAGACGAGCUCAGCCAACAUUCAUUGAUAGAAGGAGUUUGGCCACUUGCCAUGAUGCUCUUGCUCUGUUUCAACAUUUCUUGGCUGCAAUUAUUUAACAUUGCUGUCUAGAAAUUAGACGCAAGUUUCCACCUCACAGAGGAGCUGACCCAGAGCUUGUAGGGUCGCUGCAGCAUGUUAAGUGCUUGCAGGGCCGUAGCCAUUCUUAGAAGUACCAAGGUCAUGAGUCAGCCCAAUGCAGCCCUACCGACCACAAGUCUGUCAACCCCCCAAAAGAAAGUUACAAAAUUAAGUUAAGUUUUAUGUAUUCAGUUAGACGCAAAUGUCAUUAGUUUUGCAAAUAUUUGGUCAUAAACCGAAGUAUCGGACGAAUUCAAAUUGUUCAUCUGAUGAUGGUGCUAGAUGAAAUGUGAAGGGAUCAUCUGAGUGAUUACAAUUCAUCGUGGGUGCAGCAUGAAAUGUCUUUACCAAAUUUCAUGGCAAUCCAUUCAAUGGAGAGGAGCCGCGGUAUCAAGGCCCCGCCCACACAACCGCCAGAGCCAAUCACGAGCCGAGCACGACUGCAGCGUGUUAGUGUGAGCCAACUAGCUGCUAAGUUAGCACCAAGGUAGCUGUUUGGCUAGAAAGACACAACUAACCAUAAUAUCUCUAGAACUACAUCUAUGAUCAAAUUGACAC